AUGCAUGAUGAUUCUGAUGUUGCAGCUGGAAUGCUUGACAUGGAUGAUAUUCUUGGUGUCUUGCACGAGGCCCAAGCAAUCCACAACGAAGUUGAGGCUCCGGACCUUGCAACUGCCAAGGAGCCUGAACUUGCUGCUUCUAGUGCCCCCAGGCCUGGACUGCGUCGCGGUCUCAGACCUGGCAUCAGAAUCGGUCUCAGACCUGGAAAGGUCAAGAAACUAACAAAGAAGCAGCUCGGGCUUGAUAGGCAAGCACGGGCGUUUAAUUCCAGCGGACGCUCUCGCAAUGAAGAUUUUCAUUUCCCUUUGCAAGAAACUGGGCUGGAGCGCCCCCAGUUUCAGGGUCGUGGGGCAUGGAAAACAUGGUCCCCCAUUGCUAUUCUCCGUGCUGGGUUCAGUGAUGAAAAAGCUACGAACAGUCAAGUUGCGAGCUGCAUUGAAGGGGCUGGGAAGACUCAAGCAGCUCAGAGUCGGCUCGUGGUGGCUCAAGCAAUCAUGACAGGGCAAAAGCAAGGCAUGAAGGGACUUCAAGCACGCCUCAAGGCUGACAUGGAAGGCCAGGGGCCAGCAAAGAUGGUAUAUGCCAUCCAGAACUUGAUGUUUGAUGAAUCUUCUUUUGACCUCAGCAUGGCGAACAACAUUGCAUCUUCGUAUUCUGUGCUUUGCUCACACGCUCAGUUCACUUACCGUUUUGAAGGAGAUGAUGAGGUUCAUGACGAGCACAUCCUGCGACCUCCUGCCAUCCUGAGUCCUGUAAUGAAUUCUGCUACGAUGCAUGCAGCCCUGAGCAGUGGGAAUGGGGGUCUUUCAGAGGUCCUUGAUGGCAAUAUUAAGUAUGUUGCUACCCUUACAACAUCAGAUGCGCACGCAGCCAAUAUUCGCAUGCUUCGGUUUAUUGACCAGGAGUUGGAAGAGCGGCAUUUGUUUCUGCCUUCGCUUUGCCUUCAGCACCGAGUCGGUAACAUAAUCGAACAACUUACCAAAUUCCUUGGAAAUCUUGGUGGCAACUUUUCAGUUGCAAAGGUAAUGAGCAAGGGCAACUUGUUGCAAGCGUUGCAGAAGCAAGCAUCUGGAUUCAUUGCAGAGAAAUUGCUUAUUCUUCCAGAAACCCCUCCAGCACUUAUGGAAGAGUGGUCUCAAGCGCAGCUUCAAGCCCAAGAUCUCAUUAAGAUGUGUAUGAGCUAUGAUGAUGCAGACCCCCUCCGCUCAGGGACACACCGAGAAGCUUUUCAGCACUUGGUGAACUUCUUCGGCGGUCCGUGGCGCCCCAUGCACAUUGUCCUUGACUUGCGCAAUGGUGGUCAGUGCUGGCUGGGCGGAAUCGGAGCAAGUGGGCAGAUUGAGGUCCUGGUAAAGAACGGCGUGAACGCCAUCUUGGCUGGGGCUUCUCACCCCCCUGUCGUUCGAGAUUCUAGGGUGGAGUUCCUCGGCAACUUUGACGGAACCGGUCUCGCUUGUGGUGACAUCGAUCCAAGAAUUGUUGUCGGGGUCUUCGACCGCAUGCUCAAACUCCUGGCCCAAGGAUCGAAGAUUUUGACCAGCUGCAAGAAUGGAGCUCACAGGUCCACAUUCCUGCAAGGAUGCUUCAUCAUUUUCCUGACUGGAGCUUCGCCGUAUGAGGUCUAUGACUACCUGCAGAGUCUUCGCAGUCUGGUGGAUUUGCAAUCAACGGCGCCGGAGUCAAAGCACAGCCGCCACCGGCGCAAUGUGAGGCCUAUAGAUGCCCUGGUCGAGAUGGCGGAGUAUUUUUCGAAAGAAGGGCUUCGCUGUCUCAGCAAGUUGGGCAAACCAGCUCAGCUUGCCAUUGGGUUCAAUCCAGAGACAGGCGAAAGGCCAGCUUUGAACAGCCUCAUGAAGCCCGCGGAGUUCCUGAGCCUGGCUUGCAGCCUGGGGUGGACGCCUGCGCAGCCUGUGGAG